UGCGGUCUGUCAGAAGGAAUGUGGAAUAGGAUGAUCAUGAGUUUAUUUGCAUAGGUCGUGCGAGAUACUGCCUCAGUGACAUCGUGUAUUUUGUGUGGUAGACAUGAAAUGCAAAUCGGGAAACUGAUCAAGAUCCUCGUUUUCUUGUAAAUACGCUGUUAUAUUGGGCACUUGUGUCCUUCUCGUGUCUGAUUAAAAGGACUUGAGUGAAAGGAGAAACUGUCAAGAUGGCAGCAGCAAGAGAAUAGUAAUGUGCUGGCUGUAAUUGUUCUGCUUUCAUUUUUUUUUUUUUUUUCCCUGAACAGUUUGCAAUCUUUAGGCAUCGUGGAAGCCAUUAUUUCAGAUCGUUGGAUAAACCCGAACCACCAGAGAGACAAAAGCUGCAAGCACAUAUUUCUGGAUGCUGAAGCUCUGCACAGUUUUUUUUUUUUUUUUUUAGAUUUGUAGUUGCAUUGCAUCAGUACGGCGUGGGAUUUUCAGCUUUUACAUCUCGGAUUCUGUUCAUUCAUUGGGCUGGUGGUUACAAAGUAGUGCAAUUUACAGCAGAAGUAGUAUUGUAGCUGGCAGAAUUAACCACAUAAAGCACUUAAAUACUUGUCAUAGUGGAAUAUACGUUUGAUUUCCAAUUGGACUGGACACAAUCGACUUUACCUUAUCUGGUUUAAGUCACAUCAAUGAAACGGGAAUAAUAUGACUCGCGUGUUAAAAUACCUGUAUAUUUACAUUCAUGUUGACAAUAAGUAAUGUCACGCUUGUUUUUUUUUUAACUAUAUAAAAACAAGUUUUUGGUGCACUGAAAUUUUCUUUUUUUUUUCUUUUAAAAGGAUUUUGUUUUAUUUUAAUUUACUUUUGGAAGCGCAUUCAUGGAAAGUGACUUUGAUAGGAAUAUCACAGUAAUUAAUUGACAGAUCAGUAUUGCCUUAAGAAACAGACCGGUGUUUGAAAACGAAAAUGGCAGAAGCAACCCCUGACCCUCUCGACUCCCUAGAUGUUGAAAUAGACCCAGAUUUUGAGCCUCAGAGCAGGCCGAGGUCUUGCACCUGGCCCUUACCUAGACCAGAGUCCAAUCCGGGCAAACCCGAAUCCACAGACAAUUCCACCAUCCCGGAGGAGGAAGAUGACGAAGAGGAUACUACCAAUUCCAUGACCAUCAAUGCCAACGGGAUCAUUAACAACACCUGCAUCAACGGGAAAGACCAACACAGCCCCAGUGUUCUCCUUGUGGAAGGAAUGGGGGCAGAGUCGUCUGGCCUAGAGAAUUCAGGUUCCCCACUUUCGUCCCAUUCACCCAACGCAGUUGGAAACAGUACCAGCAGCUUAGGGGUGUCCCAGCAGCAGAGGAAGGUAUCUUCUCGUCGGAAUGCCUGGGGUAACUUGUCUUACGCUGAUCUGAUUACCAAAGCCAUAGAAAGCACGCCAGAUAAAAGACUCACCUUAUCUCAAAUCUAUGACUGGAUGGUCAGGUGCGUGCCUUACUUCAAGGAUAAAGGCGACAGCAACAGCUCUGCUGGGUGGAAGAACUCAAUCCGCCACAACCUGUCUCUGCACAGCCGCUUUGUCCGGGUGCAGAACGAGGGCACGGGGAAGAGCUCCUGGUGGAUGAUAAACCCUGAUGGAGGGAAGGGAGGCAAGGCUCCACGACGACGGGCUGUCUCCAUGGACAACAGCAACAAGUACACCAAGAGCCGGGGCCGGGCUGCCAAGAAGAAGGCAGCUUUGCAGGCUGCCCAGGAGGGGGGAGCUGAGAGCCCCUCCAACCAACUCUCCAAGUGGCCUGGCAGCCCCACAUCCCGCAGCAGCGAUGAGCUGGACGCCUGGACUGACUUCCGCUCGCGCACCAACUCUAAUGCCAGCACUGUCAGUGGACGCCUCUCGCCCAUUCUUGCCAACCCGGAACUGGAUGAGGUGCCUGAUGACGACCCCCAGCUCUCCCCCAUGCUUUACUCCAGCCCCACUACCCUGUCUCCUUCCAUCAGCAAGCCCUGUCCCGUGGAGCUGCCGCGGCUGACAGAAAUGAACCUCAAUGACGGGCUUUCUGACAACCUCAUGGACGAUCUUCUGGACAACAUCAGCCUGACUCCUACCCAGCAGCCGUCCCCAGGUGAUGGCGGCAGUGGCAGCAAUAGCAGCAGCAAUGGAUCCAUGCAGAGGAGCUCCAGCUUCACCUACAGCACCAAAGGCACAGCUCUGGGCUCUCCUUCUGGCAGCUACAGCUCCUCAAUUUUUGGCCCUCCAUCACUCACCACCCUACGCCAGGCACCCAUGCAGACCAUCCAGGAGAACAAGCAGGCUACCUUCUCCUGCAUCUCCCACUUUGGCUCCCAGACCCUGCAGGACCUUCUUAGCUCUGACUCCCUCAGCCACAGCGACGUUAUGAUGACUCAAUCGGACCCACUCAUGUCACAGGCCAGCACCGCUGUCACCUCCCAGAACUCCCGUCGGAAUAUCAUGCUGCGCAGUGAUCCAAUGAUGUCUUUCACAGCUUCCCCGUCCAACCAGGAAAGCCCAGUCAACCAUGGCAACCUGCUCCUCCACCAGCCCCAAUCUCCAAGCUCGUCGUUAGGGGGCAGCCAGGCUAAUUUGUCCCACACAGUCAAUGGGGGUAUUGGCUUAACUAACGAGACCAAUAAUCUGGUUUCCAUCAAAUACCAGCUUCAGUCUCCCAGUGGUGGUAAUCAGUCUAUGCAAAUCGGCCUCUCUGACUCUUCCUUGUACUCCAACAUUAGCGGCAGUGGCAUCAACCUUCCUAAGAUGAACCAGGAUAAGUUCCCCAGCGACCUGGACCUGGACAUGUUCAACAGCAGUCUGGAGUGUGACAUGGACUCGAUCAUCCGCAGUGAGCUCAUGGACGCUGAUGGCUUGGACUUCAACUUUGACUCGCUCAUCUCUGCUCAGAAUGCCAACCUCAACGUGGGGAACUUCGUUGGUGCUAAACAGACCUCGUCCCAGAGCUGGGUUCCCGGUUGAAAAACAUCUCUCUCUUUAAAGAGUGGACUUGGACAAAUCAGAUCCAGACUGUAAUGGAAGACCCACCACAAUACCCUUUGCCAAAUCAACUGUCAGCACAAUGUGGAUAGUAGUCUUUUUACAGAACACUAUUUCUGAGAAUCUUGUCAUUGUCCCUAUAUAACAAAGAGACACAGUCAACAGAAAAUCUGUAAUUCAGUCUAAAUGAAGUUCCCAGCAAAAAAUCCAUAAAGCAACUUAUUUCAAAUGUUUGCAAACUUUUGAGACAAACGGAAACAAAAACGUGCACCUACAGUAGAGAGAUAUAUUGCUAAAAAAAUAGAUUGCAAGUAUAUUGUAGCCUUUUACAGUACAGUAAUUUCUUUAAAAAAAAAAAACUGUUCUGUGGUAUUACCUUAUACAGUGGUUUCUGGGGUGUUUUAGUUCUCACUUUCCCCCUAUUUUUUUAGUGUUUAAUGUGUAACGUUGUUGUCAGCUGCGUUUUAACAAUUACCUCUGCACUCCGGCCAACUUCGAGAAGAGUGCAUUGGUAUUUUUUCUUUUCUUUUUUUUUUUUUUUAAACGACAGAAGAAAUUUAGUUGGCUGGACUGACCUGUCUUGUAAGCCUUCAAGACCUGGCGCCUUGAGAUUUAUCAUAAUGAAGUUAUGCAAGACCCAAGAGUGGAUUUGAUGCAGGACUUUGUUUUUUUUUUGUUGUUUUUUUUUUUUUUUCCCAAAAAAUGGUGCAUCCCUGUUUGUUAUUGUUUCUUUAAUUCUUUUUUUGAUUUUUUGUGGUACAUCUUUCACAAGCACUGA